CAUAGCUCGAAAUACACCAUGCGCCUGCUUUUGUGACAUUACCGUUAUUUUUCUUUCAAGGCGCAUUUUGAUUCUUAUACCGCUUGGAGAUACAGACAAUACACCUACAAGUCGGGAUGCUCCGGCGCGCAGCGGCCCUUCCGCGACACGCAGCCCUCUUCACGAAUGCGACGCCGCAUCUCCCCGCCCAUCGCAUCCCUUCUAUUAGACGGCCGAUAUCGUUUCUACCAUGGCGGAAUAAAACAACGUCGGAAGGCCAUCCGGUCUAUUUUGCGCGGCCCAGCAGCUCACCGAAACCGGGUGCCUUCCGACGCCAGUUGGGUCGCAUACUUUUCACCACACUAGCUGCAUAUGCCUGUUGGCAGAUCUUCGCGACCGUCGUCUUUGAUCCGCUAUUGGACUGGGCAGACCACGAAUGGGAGACUUUGUCGGAGAAGGAAAAGAAAGAGAUGGAAGACAUGGCGGAUGAGGACGAACCCAUUCUCUUCCUUCCGUUCCCAUUUACAACGAAAGAGGUCAAACAGCCACCGUACAAAGGCUCGGACCCUGAGUGGGCAACAUUCCUCGCUGUGAAUAAAGAUCGCCAGUUGCAAAACGACAUCCAGAUGGGGCUAGCUGAACUUAUACGACGAGGAGUUGAAAGGAACCCUGCGUAUGUUCAACUGCUUGGCGGUCGAGAUAUUAAACUGAAGAAAUUUUGGCUGGAUAUUAUUUAUCCCCCUGCACCACCUCCUAAGCAUUAUGUUUCUGGUAUCAUCAUCGAUGACGACGGCAUAUUCUGGGGCGAUCGACCAAUGGAUUCGUUAGCCGCAAACCACCUGAAUACAGCUAUAUAUCCCAAGGCAGUGGCAUUAUCAGCGUGGGCGUUUAUCGAUUCAUUGACUAGACAAACAGCCCAAGACAUUGCCAAAGCUUUGGGUUUCAACACACCACCUCCACCCGAAGCCACAUGGCAGGCUGCCAUCCUCAACCGCAUCAAAGAACAAAGCGAGCUCGGAACAGCUGGCAAGCAAACUGUCAGAGUCCCAGGACAGCCAGACAAGGCAAACUUUCCUCUUCACACUGGAAUCAGCGAAAUACCGGGCACGCCGUUUAGUGGCGUAAGCCAAGUCGAUCCACGGAUUCAAGCCGCCCUUCAGGCAGCUACAGUGACCUUUACGAAAAACUGGCAGCCUGCAAGGCAGCCACCGAGCCGAGGGUGUAUCAAAGUUGAUGGGCUUGUAGAGUUACAGGGAAAGUCUGCAGUCAUGGCUGUAUACGUCUUGGGGUGGUACGACCCGAAGCAACGAAAGUUUAUGGGCGUCCAGACUGGACUGAAGCAUCUACUACAGCUGAAGCAGAGACCAGGGGGUGGGAGCUAGCUUUCACGAACAUUCGGCGCGCGUUUGACUUUCGUUUUUUAUAUAUGUACAAAUAUUGAGCACAUAGUAGCAUUACGGCUUGGUUAUGGCAUGGCAUGGAUCGGCGCUGGGGUUAUGGCCUCCUGUUUGGGUUUACUUUACGAUACCACCCCUAAAUCAGAUCCUAGAGAGAAAGAUUGUACUGGCACGCAAACAUAAUACACUGCAUGCAGUAACCGCAG